GUGUCUCCCCUGCUGAAGCCCAUCUCUCGCUCUCGCUCCUUGGUGGCUACAAAACCACAAGAGGCCAAGCGCCUGCGCGCUAGCUGCAUCCAUCCAGAGCCCAGAGCCAGAGGCAUGCGGUGAUGGAGUUCACGGGGCCGGAGCACGCCGCCGGGACGCCGCCCGGCACGCGCGCGCCCUCCGACGCCUCCUCGGGGAACAGCGGGGCGGCCGGGAGCUGGGAGGCGAGGUACCGCGAGUGCCUGCGCAACCACGCGGCCGCGCAGGGCGGGCACGCCGUGGACGGCUGCGGGGAGUUCAUGCCCUCCGGCGCCCACGACCUCCUCAGGUGCGCCGCCUGCGGGUGCCACCGCAGCUUCCACCGCAGGGACGACGGGCAGCAGCACCCCCGCCUCUUCCUCCCCGCGCCCGCCGCCACGCCGACGACGGCUCCGCGCGUGCCGCUGCUCAUGCCGCCUCCGCAGCACCACCACCCCUACGCGGCCGGCCACCCGCACGCGCCGCCGUUCGCGUACAACCCCCACCACCACCAAUACCAACGCACACCCAGCGGCGGUGGCACGACGACCGAGUCGUCCAGCGAGGAGCCCGGCCCGGGCCCGCCCUCGACGUCGGCUCCAGGGCAGGGGCACGGGCAGGCGCGGCGGCCGAAGCGGUUCCGGACGAGGUUCACGGCAGAGCAGAGGGGGCAGAUGCUGGCGCUGGCGGAGCGGGUGGGGUGGCGGAUGCUGAAACAAGACGAGGCCCUGGUGGAGCAGCUCUGCGCGCAGGCUGGCGUCCGGCGGCAGGUCUUCAAGGUCUGGAUGCACAACAACAAGCACCACAGGAGGCAGCCGCAGCCGCCACAGUCCCAACAGCAGCAACAACAACGGUAGGGUGCCCGUAGCCAUGGGAGGGGACAAGCUCACGAAUCCCCACAUCAUUAUUUUUGUACUUCCGACAGGGGAAGAGGGAUUAAUUAAACAGGGGGACUGAAGUGAAGCGAAGCGAGGGGCUCUCUCUAAUCUUCAUCAUUGUCUCCUAGUUUUACUUCUUGUUCUUGAUCAUGGUUCAUGAUCCUUGCUUGGUUUAAUCCUUUUGUUUCUAGUUGAUGCGUCAGUUAAUUGGGAUGAUGAGGGCACUCAACGCGCAUACGUACAUUUGUCCUUAUUUUCUACUGUACGUAUUUGAUUUGGCCUCUGAACAAGAAGAUCAAUUGACCACGGCAAUUUCCUUCAUGCCAUCUUGCUCAA